AUGCUGGAUCCACCGCUUGCUUCUCAAACCUCAGCAGUCUCUAUUCCAAGUUCAGCUCAUUGCUACAACAACCCAACUCUGACCACGGAACGAUGGAUGAUGGAACACGGGUACGGGCCUUAUUUCCGGAAGGAACUUCCAAAAGAACUUCGGGAGUGCCUUCCCGAAGACGCCGUCGUGUCACCGGAGCAGUUUCUGAAAAGGCUGAGCGUUUUCAUCCUGACUCUAACAGGACAGGGGCGCUGGGAAGGUCUCGCUCAGAACUGCCGGCUUCACGGUUUCAAUGCUGUGGCAUGGACCGCUGUAAACGGGUCCGAAGUUUUCCAAGACGCGAACAAGACGGACCUCGGUGCCAAAAAGCUAAAGCCCGGUGAACUGGGCGUCCUAGCAUCCAUGCGAGAGUUGUUCUUACACGCGCAAGAGUUGCGGUUGCCCGCAAUCCUCGUACUAGAGGACGAUGCCCUACUUCAUAAGCAGUUUGGCGAGCGGUUGAAGGAGCUCUUAUCGACGAGCGCGCGUUGCUCCAAUUUUCUUAGAAGAGGGGGCAGUGGCGGCGUAUUGUUGCUGGGCGCAACAGAGUGGUCUCUCGACGCGUGGAACUGGAUCCAAGACGACGUCAGCACGAGGGUCUAUGACGCAACGGGGGCUCGCUGCUACAAUGCAAACCUGCUCACGUAUGGCGCAUUUGCCACAAUCUAUCACCAGGAUACCUACGAGACCAGUGUGACCAUUGUGAGAGUAGCGUACCCAUACUUGGCUGUUGCGGACGUUAGUCAUGCUAGUUCCGUAGAUCCGGAGAGGAGCCAAGACGUCCUUGACCGGAGUCUUCGACACGAAUGGAACCUUUCUUUGUAUCACGAUCCGGUUACGAUGCACAAUAUUGUAAGUAUUUAA